AUGGAUUCGUNUCUUCAAUCAAGUAACGUAUCCUUGGGCAUGAGAAUUAAACAGAUAUACAAAUAGAUAAAUCAAACCUAUCUGAUAACCAUAUGCUACUAUGCACUUGUGAACAGUGUUGUCAUUCCAUCACUUCUAACUGCUGAUUUGGAUAUUUUAGCCAGAAGACAUGUUCGAAAAUUGGAUCGGCAUAUAGUUAAUCCUGAUGUAUCCGCAGAUACGAUGAGCAACAAUCGUGCUGUACGGAUGAUUUAUCACAAACAUAUAUCCUCAAACGGGACUCAAUACAAUGCGAAAAAUACAGAGCAGCGCCUGGUAGAUGUUUUUCUCCAAUACUUAUUUGCGGUUACCGGAUUUGUUCCAUACUGUGGUGGGUCAUAUAGCAGUAGACUCAAGCGCAUGCAGCAUGUUAAAGAUGAGUUAGAACGAGAAGGUGAUAGAUAUCGACUACUUGCUCUUGGUAUGUAA